UAGGCUGGGCAACGGAAGACAGCUUGUGUGUGAUGAAGAUAAAAGAUGGGCCCUCCUCUCCCUGAAGCCUUGAGCUGGCAGCUGAAUUCUUGUUGAGUUUGACGGAGACAACACAGCUGCUGAAGUGUCAAGAUUUUUACAAAGUUAUGGAGCGGAAGGACCAGACUGCUCCGGGUCUUCAUUUUGUGGGCAAAAAGGAUGACCUCAUACAAGCAAAGCGUUCCUUCAGAACACUGGAUGGUCGAGACGUUCUGAUUAUCCACCAUGAAGGUGUCUUCCACGCUAUUGACUCCUACUGCCAUCAUGCUGGAGGGAUGCUACAGAACGGAGACAUUGAGGAAAUUAAUGGCAAGAUGUGCAUAAUUUGUCCAAAACACAAGUACAAGAUCACUUUGGCCGAGGGGGAGUGCUUGUACAAGGGCAAGGACCCCAGGGAAAACCCUUCAGUGACCAGAUGGUUCUCCAAGGGAGUGAAACAGCGGAUCCAUGUGGUUACAGAGAGCGAUGGGAAUGUCUUUGUCAAGCUGUCCGUGAGCCCGGGUUGGAUUGAGUCAGACUACUAUCAAGGAGAAAAGGGCAAGGUGGAAAGAGCUAAAGCUGAAGCGGCGGAGAGGAAAAAUCCUAUUAAAGAAGAUGACGACUGAAGACUGCAUCUCAUUACAUUUGGUCGACUCACGUCUCCAGAAAAUGACUAACUGUUAAAUGACAAGAAGUCAGGCAUGGCCUUAACCUGGAUUUUCUUUGUAACGAGCUCAGAGACAUUUUGACUUUAUAAACUAAGGCUGCUCCUGUUGUGAAGUUUGCUCAACUUUAGCAAUUUUAUUGUAAUUUGACAAACUAUCAUGUGCUUCUCUAAAUAAACAUCUCUGUGGAUGGA